AUGGCUGCUCUCCUUAGCAACUCCGCCCGCGUUGCCCUUCGCUCGGGUGUUUCGGCUACCUCCAAGGCCGGCGCUGCGGGCCUGACUUUCGCCCGCGGCAAGGCCACCCUUCCCGAUCUUUCCUUCGACUACGGUGCUUUGGAACCCUCCAUCUCCGGCAAGAUCAUGGAGAUCCACCACAAGAACCACCACAACACCUACGUGACCAACUACAACAACUCUAUUGUGCAGCUUGAGGAGGCUCAGCACCAGGGCAACAUUGCUGCCCAGAUUGCCCUCAAGCCCGCCAUCAACUUCAACGGCGGUGGUCACCUCAACCACACCCUCUUCUGGGAGAACCUCGCUCCCAAGAGUGCCGGUGGUGGUGAGCCCCCCUCUGGUGCCCUUUCUAAGGCCAUUGACACCACCUACGGUGGAUUUGGCGAGUUCCAGUCUAAGAUGAACGCUGCCCUUGCCAGCAUUCAGGGCAGUGGAUGGGCUUGGCUCGUGAAGGACAAGCAGACCGGCCAGAUUAGCAUCCGCACCUAUGCUAACCAGGACCCUGUUGUCGGUCAGUUCGAGCCUUUGCUCGGCAUUGACGCUUGGGAGCACGCCUACUACCUCCAAUACCAGAACCGCAAGGUCGAGUACUUCUCUGCCAUCUGGGAUGUCAUCAACUGGAAGACCGUUGAGAAGCGCUUCUCUUGA